UUGACUACCAUUCUCUUCCAUUUCUCCACAGAAGAAAACGGCACCAAAGCUUCAAUCUCCAAGCAUGGCUUACCAUCUACGAUCGGCAAGCGCGCCUUCGAGCCCUCGCUCGCACAAAACAGAAGUCAAGCAGCAGCUCCAGAGCCUGAGCACAACCAUUUCUUCGCCCUUGGCGACCAUCGACACGAUGCGCGAUGGCUUGAGGAGGCUGGCAACCAUCUACAACUGCAUUGAGAAGAUGGUGUGCACACCCAGCAGCCAAGUCAGCCUUUGCCAAACCCUGCAAAGGGCGGCAGUUGAGGCAGAGCUUGGACGAUCCCUCGUCUUGCUCGAUCUCUGCAACGCCAUGCAGGAGAGCUUCAGGGAAUUGAAGAUGACUGUCCAAGAGCUCCUUUUAGUUCUCAAAAGAGGAGAAAAUGCGUCUGCUCAACUCAAGGUGUACAUCCGUCUCGCCAAGAAGGCACAAAAGCAGUUCAAGAAAAUCAGCAAGAAGACUGCUUCUGACAAGGACUGUAGGGUGGUGAUGCUGCUGGCAGAAGCAAGAGAGAUCACUAUAUUACUACUCGAAUGCACAUCCUGCCUCCUGGCGAAGCAAAUUGAGAUGCCCAAGUGGUCUCUUGUCUCAAACACAUUGCAGAAGAGCAGAGUCGUCUGCGAAGAGGAGCAACUGCAGGCACUAGAGUGCAGUAUCGGAGAUCUUGAGAGCGGAGUGGAACUUCUUUACAGGAGAUUGAUCAAGAAUAGAGUUUGCCUUCUGAAUGCUCUUAGCUCAUCCUCAUAG